CCGGCCGCCCCCGGCCCCAGCGCCGCUGACCCUGUCCGCCGCGGGCGGGGACGCGGGCGGAGGAGGCGCCGCCGCGGAGCCCCCGGACGCGACCAUGUCGGAGGUGCUGCCCUACGGCGACGAGAAGCUGAGCCCCUACGGCGACGGCGGCGACGUGGGCCAGAUCUUCUCGUGCCGCCUGCAGGACACCAACAACUUCUUCGGCGCCGGGCAGAACAAGCGGCCGCCCAAGCUGGGCCAGAUCGGCCGGAGCAAGCGUGUUGUUAUUGAAGAUGAUAGGAUUGAUGACGUGCUGAAAAAUAUGACCGACAAGGCACCUCCCGGUGUCUAACUCCCCCAAAGACAAUGAGUUAAGGGAGAGGAUAAGAACGGCGAUACCAGUUAUUGGCCAAAAGCAUGAAAAGAGAAAGCACUUUGAAAUUGAUUACUAGCUCGCUGCCCACGAUGAAACCAACAACCUGUAUCUCGUGUCAGGCCGGGAGGAGGCGUGAGGAGGAGCAGAAGGCUUUGGGCUCCUCUGCAAAAAUAAAAAUAAAAAAAUAAAUAAAAAUUCUAAAAAAUGAUAAAAAAAAAUCACUAUAUACACACAUAUAAGGAAAUAAAAAAGAAGUCUCAGUUGCGGCUAUCUGUCAAAAUUAAUAUCCAUUUCUUUUUAUAUACGGUGAAUUUUGCGCAAUCAUAGAUCUGGGUUCUGAACGACUUAAUUAAGUGGCAACACCGGGUGUUUUGAGGUGUUGGCACUCUUUGCUGAUUUGGCUGUUCCCAAUGUUUACAUUAUUUAAUCUUGCAAAAAUGAUUCUGUGCACUUGGAUGUGAAAUGCUGUCCAGUUUUAUUUUAUUUUAUUUUUUUAUGUUGUUAUCCUUGGAUGUACAAAAAAAUGAGAAAAUGAUCUCUGUAGAUAUUCUGUUUUAUUUUGGUCAUCUUUUGAAGUUAUCAGGAAUGUGUUUAAAACAAGAAAAGAACUUUCUAAAGGAAUGAUACACAGAAAGGAUCCUUGUUUUAUUUUACAAUGAAUUGUAAAGCUUGUGUUUCUUUGUUGCUGCAAGCUAUUUGCCCAAGUUAAUGCAAAUGGACACAUUUUAUAUGUCAGAAAAAAAAAAAAAAAAACAUGAAAAACAAAAAAAUGCUUGAGCUUUUUCUAACCUCCCCCUGCAGUCUGUUGUGUGAGCAGCCUGUUUUUUUCUCUAAUAUUGUGUCAGUUUAUUCUCUUUAAUGGACUGUAAAAAAAAUGUAAUCACAAGAGUGCCAAAUAUCUUGAAAUGCCAAAAGGCAUUUUGGUUUCUUUUCUUUUCCCUGUGCUCUGAGUCCACGUAAAGGAAUGCUUGGAGUGUCUUUUCUGUUAUUUAUAGGGAUUCUCUUAAGGCACACCAGCUGCCUGUUUUGCAUGGUAUUUGCAAAAAUGCCUCUUGCGUGAGGAAAUCUUUUACCAUUUUUUGUUUGCAACUUUGGACCUCAAGAGGUUUUCCUUCCCUUCCCUUCCCUGUUCCCUCUUUUCUUAAUUCUAUAUUCUGUAUGUUGCACCUUGAACCAGCACACAGGGCUAUUU